CACCGCUUUGCACUUGCCCUUGACCACGACGUGAGUUGGCGGUCGGAAUCGAAAGCGUCAGCCUAUCCAUAGUCAAUCCUCGAGUAAUAUCCCCAGCCUUACCACGACGAUAAGACGUCUCUUGAGCGCUGUCGACGAUGUCUGGAUUCGUGGACGCUGCGCUCAACAAGAGGAACGCUCUUGCGGGCCUCAAAUUCAAACGCAACAAUCCAUCUAACAAACCUUCAACGUCCUCAGCGACAACACCGGCGAUGCCUGCACCCCAGUCGCACGCCGUCAACGGCAGCCCGCCUGCCCAGUCCCGCGACGGGAGCGCACCGUCGCGGUACUUUGCCCCGAAUAGUGUCUACCCUGCAUUCGGCAAUGUCCUCGUCCCCAACUCGAGCCCCAUCGCGCCAUCGCAUUCGCACAACGCGCACAACACGCCCGGCAGCACCGCUGACGUGGCAGUCGCCCUCCAAGAUGUUCACCCCCGCCCACCGUCUUCGAUCAUCUCCGCGACCUCCCCACCCUCCCUCGAACGCUCCUCAAGCGACGGCGCCGGGCAGCGGCGUCAGAGGGACAAGUCCGCUGCUGGCGACGUCGGCGACGAGCCUCCUCGCAAGCGUAUAAACCGCGGCCCCGUCGACGACGCGCCGGGCGCUUCAUCACCUGAAUCCCCAGCGAUUCGCGGCCCGGGCAACCGGAGGCGCAUGGCGCCCCCGGGAUCGCCUUCGUCGUCCGAGGAAUCUCUCGUCGAUCCUGUCAAGGUCCUUGUCAAUGCCGCCAGCCAUCCCCCCGCACCCGCGCCCGCGCCACCAUCUACUACCACUUCCGCCCCCACUCCCGCGUCAUCCGCGGCGACGCCCUCCCCCGCCGAAGCUGCCUACACGCGAUUCAAGAUCACGCAGCCCCUACACCCCGAGCCCCUCGUCCGUGCUGCUUGGAUACAGUCAAAGGAAGAUGUGCGCGCGGCGUCGAACAUGCUCAAUGAUCAGGUUUGGAUCGACAGGCAGUCGCGCCCGGCUCAGCCGCGGGCACCGCCCGCAACGAGCAAGCCGACGUCCGUAGCCGUCUCGAACAAAGCCAACAAGAAGUCGGCCAUCUACGCACACCGUCCCGCCGUUCAGGCUCCUGCCCCGCUCGCGUUGGCCGCGUCGACCUCCACAUCCUCGAUGAAGUCCACGCCCAAGGCAACUCCCAAAGCGGCCACGACAGCUGAAGUCCCGCCCUCCCCCGCCGUUGCUCCGCCCCGGAAGCGCAAGAUGGUCAUUGAGGACUCGGAUGAGUCUGACUUCAACGACUCAGACAGUGAUGUGGAGGAGUCCGUCGAUGAAGCGGAGAUUCGCGCAUUGAGUUUCUUCAACUCUGCGUCAGUGGACGUUCUGCAGGAGAUGACCGGUUGCACGCCGAUCCAAGCAGACAAGAUCGUUGAGCUUCGGCCUUUCGACACGGUCGACGAUCUGACUACGAAGCUCAACCAAGGAGCUCGUCGCGCGGGCCCCGCGGGACUUAGCCCGAAGGUCUUCAGCGAUACCGUUGCGGUCUAUCAGGGCUACGGCAGCUUCGACACUGUCCUGGAUAGCAUCGACAGCUUAGGCGCAAAGCUCAAGGCCGUCAUCAACUCCUGGGCGCUCAAAGGCGACGGUGAUGCUGCCAAUGCGGAGGCACAGGAUGACGGAGCGCUCAACCUGCAGACCUUCGAUGCCGCUAAUGCCAAGGACGAGCACUUCAUCGCGAAGCAGCCGAGCCUGGUCUCGGACGAGAUCGUGUUGAAGGACUACCAGUUGCUCGGCAUCAACUGGCUCAAUCUCAUGCAUCGCAAGGGGCAUGGGUGCAUCCUCGCCGACGAGAUGGGUCUUGGCAAGACUUGCCAGGUCAUCAGCUUCCUCGCUCAUCUGAAGGAGAAGGGGAACACAGGCCCGCACCUCAUCAUCGUGCCGUCCUCGACGCUUGAGAACUGGUGUCGAGAGUUUGAUCGUUUUGCCCCUAGCAUCAAGUGGGUCACCUACUACGACGACCAGAAGACACGCGAGAAGUUGCGCAUGGACUUGCGUGAUGAUGACGGGAGUCCGUACGGUUGGGAGGUCCUCAUCACCACGUACGACCUCGCCUGCGGCAACAGCAAGGAUUCCAAGUUCCUCCGCAAGUUCGACUGGGAAUGCUUCGUUUGCGACGAAGGCCAUUCUUUGAAGAACUUCAAGUCGAGACGCUACGGAGAGCUGAUGAAGAUCAACCCGAAGUGGCGUCUGCUUUUGACCGGCACCCCCCUUCAGAACAACUUGCAAGAGCUUGCAUCUAUCAUGAAUUUCAUCAUCCCGGAGAAAAUCGGCCCAGUCCUUGACAAGAUGCGCGCAAUCUUCAAGACGACAUCCACUGUCACCCUACUGUCCCAGGAGCGCAUCACGCGUGCCCACAAGAUGGUCACGCCCUUCGUCCUCCGCCGGAAGAAGAAAGAGGUCUUGAAGGAUCUGCCCGAAAAGCACGAGCGUGUAGAGUGGUGCGACAUGGUUGAGUCUCAGCGGGAGAUCUACGCGGAGGCCGUCCGCCGGUCGCGCAAGUCCAUCCAAGAAGUCCAAGACGAGGCCGAGGAGAAGCAGAAGGAGGCCAAAGCGAAGGGCAAGAAGUCGGCGGGUGUCAGCAAGGUUACUAGCGCCCACGUCUUGAUGGACUUGCGGAAAGCAGCGUCGCACCCGAUGCUCUUCCGCAGGCUGUUCACGGAGGAGAUGCUUCGCCCCAUCGCUGUCGCCCUCAUGUCGGACCCGUGGUAUGCGAAGCGCUACCAGGGGAACGUCACCUAUCUGGCCGAGGACUGCGCGUUGAUGUCCGACUCUGAGUUGCAGCAUAACUGCUUCAACGCAAAAUGCAAGGCACCGUCGUUCUGUCUAGACGAUGCGUACUAUUAUGACUCCGGUAAAAUACAGACGCUGCUGCGCUUGCUUGAGGGGUACAUAGGCGAGAAGCGCAAGGUGUUGAUAUUCUCUCAGUUCACACAAGUCCUCGACAUUCUUGUCAGGGUCCUCCAACUCAAGGAGAUCACGUACAGGAUUCUCACCGGGUCUACCCCCGUCGACGAACGACAAGUCUUGGUAGACGAGUUCAACGAGAAUGAGGACCUAUCUGUCUUCCUUCUGUCGACGAAGGCAGGCGGCAUGGGCAUCAACCUCACCGCCGCCUCCGUCGUCAUCCUUUUCGACCAGGACUUCAACCCGCACAACGACCGGCAGGCGCAGGACCGCGCGUACCGCAUCGGCCAGACGCGCGACGUCGACGUGGUCAAGCUCAUCACGCGCGGAACCAUCGAGGAGGACAUGCUGCGUCUCGCGCAGACCAAGCUCGCGCUCGACGAGGCCGUCGCGGGCGAUGUCGACGAUGAGAAGGGCGAGAGCGCCGUCGCUCGGGAGAUGAAGCAGAGCUUGCUGUCCAUGCUGCGCAAGCAGUGCUCGCCGGAGCCGUCGACGGCUACGACUCCGUCCGCCGUCUCGCCGAAGGUGGAUACGCCGCCGAAGGAAAAGGCCGACAAGGAGGGCGAGGGCGAGAAGUCCGAGGCGGAGAAGACGAAGAAGCGGAAGGGGAGGGAGGAAGAGCCCGAGCCCGAGAAGAUGAAGAAGAGGAAGGGCCGGGAGGAGGACGAGGAGGAGGAGGCGAAGCCUGCGAGGUCGUCGAUCGCGGCCUCCAAGCGCAAGCGGAUCGUGGACGAAGAUGAGGACGAAGACGCGCCGCGGACGACUCGGUCCAACCCAGUUAAGGCGGCCGCGAAGGAGAAGGAGUCCUCCCGGUCCUCGUCGUCACGGUCCUCCCCUCGGAAGGAGCGAGCAGCAGCACCGUCGAAGACGCCGGCUGCUCGUAAGGAACGACCAGGUCCGCCGACGCGGUCGUCAUCUUCUCGGUCUUCAUCGCGAAGAUAGUCGGCCGCGUUGCACUGGUUUCGGUCAGGACGGAAUCGGUACGGGACUACAGGGGCCCGUUGUAUCUUUAUUAGAGUAUAAUUGCUUUGUUUCCCUUUGCUAUCUGUUUCUCGUUUGUCUCCUCGUC